UGCCGGCUGCUGCCUGCACACGGGUUCCGAGACACUGCCAGAGAAAACUCCAUCCCGCCUGGAGCAGCGCGAAUCUUGCUCCUACUCUCUUCUCCAAACGAAAGAAACCGUCUCCAUCGCUGCAGGGAAGAGCGCUUUGUGUAAGGACUCUCCGCAGCAGCUCCCACCUCGCUCCCUGCUUCUCCCCCUCCCCUCGGGUCCCUGGACUUCCUCUCGAACCACGAAUACUCGUUCCCAAAGCCGUGUGCGUUUGGCUCCUGCGCUUCUCCCAGCAGGAGUGGGCGAGGCGUGCCCACCCGGGACGAGGCACGAUGAAGAGUCGAGAGGAGGGCUGAGCGCAGGGCGGCGCGGCCAGGGUCCCUCGGCUCGGGCGCGCGCCCCGUCUCCCCUGGGUGGGGCAGGGUGGGGGUGGGCCAAGGCGUGGACUCGGGGAAGUCUCUCGGCGACCGUAAUAAAAGGGCGCCGGCUCGCCCUGCCGCGCUGGGAAGCCGUGCUGCCGCGCCCCCGGCCCCGGGAAGGGCAUGGCCCCGGCGGACCCCCGGCGGUGACUUGCGCGCCCCGGCCCCGUGGAUGCUCCGGGCGCACCGCUCCCGUUUUUGGCGGCUUCCGAAGGACAGGUGUUCCAGGAUGAGGCACCCCGACAAGAUGCCAACGCGGUCGCACUGGCGAGUACUCUCCGUGGUGCUGAUUCUGGUCUGGGGACAUCCUCCAGCGGCACUCGCCUGCCCUCACCCUUGCGCCUGCUAUGUUCCCAGCGAGGUCCACUGCACGUUUCGCUCCUUGGCUUCCGUGCCAGCUGGAAUUUCUAAACAUGUGGAAAGAAUCAAUUUGGGAUUUAAUAGUAUACAGGCUUUGUCAAAAACCUCAUUUGCGGGACUGACCAAGUUGGAACUGCUUAUGAUUCAUGGCAACAACAUCCCCAGCAUCCCUGAUGGGGCUUUAAGAGACCUCAGCUCUCUACAGGUUUUCAAGUUCAGCUACAACAAGCUUCGAGUAAUCACAGGACAGACGCUGCAGGGGCUCUGGAGCCUAAUGAGGCUACACAUUGACCAUAACAAGAUCGAGUUUAUCCACCCACAAGCUUUCAAUGGCUUAACAUCACUAAGGCUGCUCCAUUUAGAAGGAAACCUGCUCCACCAGCUACACCCCGGCACGUUCUCCACAUUCACCUUCCUGGAUUAUUUCAGACUGUCCACUAUAAGACACCUCUACUUAGCAGAGAACAUGAUUAGAACUCUUCCCACGGGGAUGCUCCAGAACAUGCCACUUCUGGAGAAUCUUUACCUGCAUGGGAAUCCGUGGUCCUGUGAUUGUGACAUGAGAUGGUUUCUAGAAUGGGAUGCGAAAUCCAAAGGGAUUCUGAAGUGUAAGAAAGACAAAGCCUACGAAGGUGGUCAGUUAUGUGCCAUGUGCUCCAGUCCCAAGAAGAUGUACAAACAAGAGAUUCACAAACUGAAGGACAUCACUUGUCAGAAGCCUUCCAUAGAGUCCCCUCUGAGACAGAACAGGAGUCUUGAGGAAGAGCAGGACCAAGAGGAGGACAGCGACAGCCAGCUCUCCCUGGAAGGGUUCCAAUUCCCCCCAUGGAACAUCUCUUUGAACAUGACUGAUGAGCACCAGAACACAGUGAACUUGGUUUGUGACAUCAGGAAGCCAAUGGAUGUGUACAAAAUUCACCUGAACCAAACGGAUCCUCAAGAGAUUGAGAUAAAUGCAACAGUUGCCUUGGACUUUGAGUGUCCGAUGACCCGGGAAAACUAUGAAAAGCUGUGGAAACUGAUCGCCUAUUAUAGUGAGGUUCCUGUUAAGCUGCACCGAGAACUCACGCUCGGCACAGAUCCCAAAGUCAGCUACCAAUACAGGCAAGAUGCUGAUGAUGAUGCUCUUUACUACACUGGCGUCAGAGCCCAUAUUCUUGCAGAACCAGAAUGGGUCAUGCAGCCGUCCAUAGAUAUCCAGCUGAACCGACGUCAGAGUACGGCCAAAAAGGUGUUCCUCUCCUAUUCUUCCCACUAUUCUUUAACAAUGGCUGCCAAAGAUGCAAGGCAGUCUCGGAGCAGAAGCUGGGUGAUGAUCGAGCCGAGCGGAGCCGUGCAAAGAGCUCAGACUGUCUUGGAAGGGAGUCCGUGCCAGCUGAGCUGCAACGUAAAGGCUUCUGAGAGUCCAUCCAUAUUCUGGGUGCUCCCCGAUGGCUCUGUCCUGAAAGCACCCAUGGAGGACCAGGACAGCAAGUUCUCCAUCCUCACCAGUGGCUGGCUGAAGAUCAAGUCAACAGAUCAGUUGGACUCUGGUUUGUACCAGUGCAUUGCUCAGGUGAGGGAUGAAAUGGACCAAAUGGUGUACAGGGUUCUCGUGCAGCCACCUGCCACUCAGCCACCUGAUAGCCAUACAGUAACUAUUCAGAAGAACCCAGGGGAAUCAGUGAUGUUGCCUUGCACUGCACUGGCAAUACCUGAAGCCCGGCUUAGCUGGAUUCUUCCAAACAAAAGGAUAAUUAAUGAUUUGGCUAACACAUCAGAUGCGUACAUGUUGGCAAAUGGAACUCUUUCCAUCCCAAAGGUCCAGGUCAGUGACAGUGGUCACUACAGAUGUGUGGCCGUCAACCAGCAAGGGGUAGAUCAUUUCACUGUGGGAGUCACAGUGAGUAAGAAAGGAUCUGGCAGGUCAUCAAAAAGAGGCAGACGCCCAGGUGGGAAGGCUCGUUCCAGAGGGAGAGGAGAUGUCGUGGAGGACGAAGGGGGCUCAGGCAUGGGAGAUGAAGAUAACACUUCCAGGACAGUCCUACAUCCAAAGGACCAAGAGAUGUACAUCAAAACAAAGGAUGAUGCCACCACUGGAGGUAAGAAAACUAAGAAAGGGAGAAGAAAACUGAAACUCUGGAAGAAUUCUGAAAAGGAACCAGAGACAAACAUCGCAGAGGGUCGCAGAGUGUUCGAGUCCAGACGAAGGAUCAAUAUGGCUAGCAAACAAAUUAAUCCAGAGCACUGGGCAGAUAUUUUAGCCAGAGUGCGUGGGAAAAACCUCCCUAAGGGAACAGAAGUCCCCCGGGGCGUUAAAACCACCACUCCUCCAUCAGUGAGUCCAGAAGAAACACCUCUUUUGCCUGUUCUUCCUCCCCCCUCAAUAUGGCCUGUGCAGACCACAACCAGUGCUGAAGAAUCCUCAGCAGAUAUGUCUUUACUGGGUGAGGAAGAGCUGGUUUCCAGUACCGUUUCCUCAACCGAGAUGCCACUAGAACAUGGCCACGAUGGAGUAAUUCUUACUGAACCCAAAGUGACAAGCAUGCACCUGGAGGAACUCACUGAUGAUGAAUUUUCUGAGAAGACUGACGACACGUUUCCGACCGACAUUGGCUCAAACUGGGCUACAGCCACUACACUGAUAUCUGCGCCUUACGAAUCUUCUCCUACUCCACAGACCCUGGACACAGUCUAUGAAGAGCCCACCAAUGAAAACACAGCCACAGAGGGCUGGUCUACCCCAGAUGUUGGAGCCAUGUCAGAGCCUACAUCAAAUGAGUAUGAGUCUCCGUUAGAUGCCACCUCCUUAGCUGAGUCUGAGACUGUGCCAUACGUGUACCCAGACUGGGAGACUAAUUCACGACCUAAUGAAGAUAAGAUGAAUGAACUGACCUCCACACACUUGACUCCAACCCCUACCAUGUGGGUUGCUGACUCUAAGACAUCUGAGCCAUUUGAAGACCUCAUUUUAGAAGAACCAGGUGUCCCCACACAAGUCCCUCUACAGGAACAAACAGACAACUCCCAGCUUGUGAAAGGUAGUUUAGGCACUCAAGGCAAUUCACUGAUUAAAAAGAGCACAGAGGAGAAUUUUCAGAUACAAUGGGAAGGAGAUAUGCUAGAGAGAGACCCCACAAACUCCAGAAGUCCUGAGAGUAAGAGACAGGGCAUCGAAUUCACCACUCUGCGUGACUCCACACCGGGAGUGACAGACAGCAAAGCUCUCUUCAAGCAUCCUGGGGAAACCACACUUGGCUCUCUGUUUGACAAGGAUACCUCCACAGUAGCAGUGAUGAUGCCAACCCAAAAGCCCACUUCACCAUCAGUGCUGACCACUCACCCUUCUCGAAAGAGACAGAAGGGAAGGAAAAGAUUACACCCCAACAGAUUCCGACACCGGCAUAAACAAACUCUGCCCACAACUCCCGCCCCAACGGAGACUUUCUUGACUCGACCAACUCAAGUACCUGAGGUGAAGAUUCCAUACCAAGUGGAGAGUUUGCUGGUUCCCACGUCUUGGGUUGAUAGCACAGUUGGCACCCCAAAGCAGGUGGAAAUGGGGAAGGAUGCAGAACCAGUAUCCAAAGGACCAUCACGAAGGAAACAUGGGAAGAGGCCAAAUAAACAUCGGUCUUCUACUUCUACGGUGAGGUCUCAACCUUCUGUGUCCAAUUCCAAUCCUUCUCCAGAAAGUCAACAUAACAACGUUGUUAACCCCAGUACGGACACCGUACUUUUAUCUACAAUGGCUUCUCUGAGAACUGGGGCCCCACGUGAGAUAACUAGAAAGGAAGAUUAUAUAACAAGCACAAAAGUACAUUUAUCUCAUGAUAAAUUGCAAGAGACAAUUCCAGUCACAUAUAAACCCGUGUUAGGUGAAAAUGAAAGUAAGAAUGAUGGUGUCACCAACAUCAAUGACCAUACCACUGACAGUUUAGUCCCUGGUAAGUUCGUCACUGAUGCUGUAUCACCUUCUGGCUUCAAGGUCUCCACUGUGGGAGAAUUUCAGGGAGAAUUCUCUCCUUCCCGCUCUCCAGGAACGCCAAGCUGGAAUCCCCCAAAGGCAGCCCAGCCUAGAGGGCUGCAGACAGACACACCUGUCACCAGCUCUUGGGAAACAUUUACAGACACACCUUUUUUUAAAGAGUCAGAGGAUCCAGAUUUUCCUUCCGAGUUUUCACCUUCUGUUGCAGUCUCGACACUAUUUCAGGUUGCGUCAACUACUCUCUCUAGCAUGAAAGCAGAGUCGUCUUCAAGGAAGGCAGAAACCACCAUCGGUGGUCAGGAUCAUCAGGAAACCAGUCCAGCUGAAAUUGGACCACAGAAUAUCAUCUCUACUCCUGCCCCCAGGAAGGAGCCAGCAUCCUCAGUCCCCCCCACGACUCUCGUGUCUUUGGCAGAAACCACCACGAAGCCCAUGCCUCUUACUUCAAGAACAUCCCCAACAUCAACAGGUUCCAAGGAAAAAAUUUUCUUGAAUUAUGUGGGGAUCUCGGAAACCAAAACACCCCCAGUGAAUAAUGAGGGAACUCAGCAUAUAUGGAGGCCUAAUGAAUUAUCCACCCCAUCUUCCAACCAGGACCAAUUUAACUUAACUCCCAAGCAGGAGUUAGAAAAGGAAGCAUUUGAUAGGAGGACCAAGGACAUUCUUCCUCGCGGCCCAGAUAGUCAGCAUCAGGAUGGGAGAGUCCAAGUUUUCCGUCAACCAGCCAGAGUUCCUGCCAAACCUAUCCCACCAAGAGGGACAGUGAGGCCACCAUAUGUGGCCACACAAGCCUCCUCUGGAUACAUUGUAACUGUCCAGCCCCCUCGUCACUUCACCAACAAACCAGAAAUAAUUGCCUAUCCUUCAAGGGUUUUGCCAAAGAAUAAACACUUUACGACCCCAACGUUAUCAAGUACAACAACCCCUGUUGUUCCAUGGCACAGGCCCAAACCUGGCAUUCCUAGUAAGUUAACCGACCAAGGAACUGACCGAUUUAACGGCAACUCCAAAGUCGUUGGAAAUAACAACAUCCUUGAUCUCAGAGACUCUGUUGGCAAGCCUCCAAGUUCAAGAGUUCCUCAUUAUCCCCAUGGAAGAUUCCCUUUCUUUUUCAACAAAACUCUUUCUUUCCCACAAUUUGGAGUUACUCUGAAGCCCCAGAUACCCACUUCUCCUGCCCCAGUGAUGAGAGAGAGAAAAGUCAACCCAGCUCCCUACAAUAGGAUACAUUCUCAGAGCAUCAUCCACGUGGACUUUGGACCCCCCGCCCCUCCAUUAUUGCACCCUCCCCGGACCACGGCACCACCCUCCAUGAACUUACAGAACAUCCCUCUGGUCUACUCCACCCGGAGCUCCAUCCCCAUCGUGACAUCUUCUGGCCAGCCCUCCAGAAGCUUUCAUCAGAGUAGCUCAAAGCUCUUCUCUCCUGUAGGACCACCUGCAUCCAAAUUCUGGACGCUUGGGGAAAAGCCCCAAAUUAUCACCAAAUUCCCUCAGACUGUGUCCAUCACUGCAGAGACAGAUGCUAUGAUCCCAUGUGAGGCAACAGGGAAACCCAAGCCUUUCAUUACCUGGACAAAAGUUUCCACAGGAGCUAUUAUGACCCCGAACACCAGAGUACAACGGUUCGAAGUCCUCAAGAAUGGCACCUUCGUCAUCCGGAAGGUACAGGUGCAGGACCGUGGCCAGUACAUGUGCACAGCCAAAAACUUGCACGGUGUGGACAGGAUGGUGGUCCUGCUGUCUGUCACCGUGCAGCAGCCCCAAAUCCUAGCCUCCCACUACCAGGACGUCACCGUCUACCUGGGAGACACAAUUGCCAUGGAGUGUCUAGCCAAGGGCACCCCAGCCCCCCAAAUCUCCUGGAUUUUCCCUGACGGGAGGGUGUGGCAGACCGUGUCCCCAGUGGAGGGUAGGGUCACACUUCACGAAAACCGCACCCUGUCCAUCAAAGAGGCUUCCUUCUCAGACAGAGGUGUCUACAAGUGCGUGGCCAGCAACCCAGCCGGGGCGGACAGCCUGGCCAUUCGCCUCCACGUGGCCGCCCUGCCUCCGGUCAUCCACCAGGAGAAGACGGAGAACAUCUCGCUGCCCCCAGGGCUCAGCAUCCACAUCCACUGCACAGCCAAGGCCGCGCCCCUGCCCAGCGUGCGCUGGGUGCUCAGGGAUGGGACCCAGAUCCGCCCUUCGCAGUUCAUCAACGGGAACUUGUUUGUCUUCCCCAACGGGACGCUCUACAUCCGCAACCUGGCGCCCAAGGACAGCGGGCGCUACGAGUGUGUGGCUGCCAACCUGGUGGGCUCGGCGCGCAGGACGGUCCAGCUGACCGUGCAGCGCGCGGCGGCCAAUGCUCGCAUCACCGGGACCUCUCCGCAGAGGACCGACGUCCGCUACGGCGGGACCCUCCGGCUGGACUGCAGCGCCUCGGGGGACCCCUGGCCACGCAUCCUCUGGAGACUCCCGUCCAAGAGGAUGAUCGACGCACUCUUCAGUUUUGAUACCAGAAUCAAGGUGUUUGCCAAUGGGACCCUGGUGGUGAAAUCCGUCACAGACAAAGAUGCCGGGGACUACCUGUGCGUCGCCCGGAACAAGGUCGGUGAUGACUUUGUCGUGCUCAAGGUGAAUGUCGUCAUGAAACCAGCCAAGAUCGAGCAUAAAGAGGAGAACGACCACAGGGUGUUCUAUGGGAGUGAUCUGAAGGUUGACUGCGUGGCCACCGGGCUUCCCUACCCCGAGAUCUCUUGGAGCCUCCCUGAUGGGAGCCUGGUCAACUCCUUCAUGCAGUCGGAUGACAGUGGUGGGCGUACCAAGCGCUAUGUGGUGUUCAACAACGGGACUCUCUACUUCAACGAAGUAGGCAUGCGAGAGGAAGGGGACUACAUCUGCUUUGCGGAAAACCAGGUGGGGAAGGAUGAGAUGAGAGUACGUGUCAAGGUGGUGACCGAGCCUGCCGCCAUCCGGAAUAAGACAUACUCCAUGGUCCAAGUCCCCUAUGGGGAUGUGGUCACUGUAGCAUGUGAGGCCAAGGGGGAGCCCACACCCAGGGUGACGUGGCUUUCUCCAACCAAUAGGCUGAUCCCCACAUCCUCGGAUAAGUAUCAGAUAUAUCAGGAUGGCACUCUCCUUAUCCAGAAAGCUCAGCGGUCAGACAGCGGCAACUACACCUGCGUGGUCAGGAACAGUGCCGGGGAGGACAGGAAAAUGGUCUGGAUCCAUGUCAAUGUCCAGUCGCCCAAGAUCAACGGGAACCCUGAUGCCAUCACCACCGUGCGGGAGAUUGCCGCCGGGGGGAGUCGAAAACUCAUUGACUGCCAAGCAGAAGGCAUCCCCACGCCAAGAGUGCUGUGGGCCUUUCCCGAGGGCGUGGUUCUGCCGGCCCCCUACUAUGGGAACCGGAUCACUAUCCAUCGCAAUGGCACCCUGGACAUCAGGAGUCUGAGGAAGAGCGACUCCGUGCAGCUUGCGUGCAUUGGCCGCAAUGAGGGGGGUGAAGCCAGGUUGAUUGUCCAGCUCACGGUCUUGGAGCCAGUGGAGAAGCCCAUCUUCCAUGACCCCGUCAGUGAGAAGAUUACCGCCAUGGCCGGCCACACCAUCAGCCUCAACUGCUCAGCCGCAGGGACCCCAACACCCACGCUGCUGUGGGUCCUUCCCAAUGGGACGGAGCUCCAGAGUGGCCAGCAGCUACAGAGAUUCUACCACAAGGGCGACGGCAUGCUGCACAUCAGCGGUCUCUCCUCCAUCGACGCCGGGGCCUACCGCUGCGUGGCCCGCAACUCCGCGGGCUACACCGAGAGGCUGGUCUCUCUGAAGGUGGGGCUGAAACCCGAAAUGAGCAAGCAGUACCACAAUCUGGUGAGCAUCAUCAACGGCGAGACCCUGCAGCUGCAAUGCCUCCCUCCAGGGGGCCGGGAGGCACACUUCUCAUGGACGCUCCCCAACGGCAUGGUCCUGGAGGGCCCCCAAGCACAAGGACGCUUUUCCCUUGGGGAAAAUGGCACCCUCACCGUGCGCGACGCCUCGGUGUUUGACAGGGGCACCUACGUGUGCAAGGCGGACACGGAGUAUGGUCCUUCUGUCACGAACUUCCCAGUUAUUGUGAUCGCAUAUCCUCCCCGGAUCACCAGCGAGCCAACGCCCGUCAUCUACACCCGGCCCGGAAAUACCGUCAAGAUGAACUGCAUGGCCAUGGGGAUUCCCAAAGCUGAAAUCACCUGGGAGCUGCCUGACAAAUCGCAUCUGACUGCCGGGGCGCAGGCCCGUCUGUAUGGGAACAGGUUCCUUCACCCACAAGGAUCAUUAACCAUCCAGCAGGCCACACAGAGAGACGCCGGCUUCUACAAGUGCACCGCGAAGAAUAUCCUGGGCCGUGACUCCAAAACAACUUACAUCCACGUCUACUGAAACACUUGCCGGAGAACGUGGACUCCACGGUCGUUGCUUAGGACCUUAGAACAAAGCCUCCUUUGCAAGGAAAGCCGGGGCAGAGAUUCAGAGCCCUAAAAAGAUGUGUCACGGGCGUGGUGGCGCCCCCUAUGGGAUUCAGGUUCACGUUGACUUUGACCUAUGCUUGUUGGCGAAAGGAAGCAAUCAGAGAUUGGAAAGAGGGGUCUGCCUCUCUGGGGACUUUCUUUUCUAUUUCCAGGAUGCCAUGCGCUCUUGUCUGGCGUUUCACAGACAUGGGCACAAAUCUGUGUUGCAAAUAGCACCCUGAUGCUUUAAUGAGCGUCUGUAGGAUCCCUAAGGAGCAGUCACUGAAAAUAAACAUAGAGAUUAACUGUGCCUUGCCACCCUGUUGAAGAUGCACCACCUAGUUAACCCAUUGCUGUUUUAACAUGAUAGAACAUUCUAGAAUGAGUACCCAUCUUUCAGUUAUUGCCUCUGUCACUUCAAAACUCCAAUUUGCCCAGUAAGGGCUUAGAACCAGAGUGAUCGAUCUUUUUUUUUUUUGUAAUGUACAAGUUGCAUACAAUACAGCUACCAUUUUAUAUGAAAGAACUCUUUUUCCCUGGAACUCACUUUUUUAAUAGUUAUAUAUAUAUAUAUAUUUCUUUCUAAUCAGACGAUGAGACUGGAAAGAGAAAGAAAUACUUUCUGUCUCGUUAAGAAAUAAUAAAUUAUUGGUCUUUACAAGACUUGGAUACAUUAAAGCAGGCAUGGAAAUGCAAUUAUAAAAACAUUCGUCCCCAACUUCCUUCAAAUUCAGUAACUGCUAUUAUAUUACCAUUCACAGGAACCCCACAGGGAGGGAGGCUGGAAUCUUGGAUUUCCUUGUUUAUGAAGUUUAUCUUGAGAGCUGUGGUAGGGGGAGAGGAGAGAAAGGAGAGAGCUAAGUCAUCACCCCACAGAAUGAAUCCAGAGCCUUCCAGAAAAGUCCAGAAACAUCUCUCUCCCUGUCAGUUUGUGCCCACAGAAAGUAGGAGGCCUGUCAUUUCCAUGACUGCUUUACUGUAUUUUUAAGGUCAAUAUAAUGUACAUUUGAUAAUAAAAUACUAUUUUCCAAACAGCUGGGCGAUGACGACAGUGAUAUUUUCAAGCACAAAAGCAAAUUUGGGUUUAAAUAACAGUGUUUGAAAUCUGCUUUUAUCCACCACCUUUGAAUUAUUCUGUCCCCUACAAGUUUUUAACAGGCGAGGAAGUAGUCUGAGGCAGUGGCUCCAACCUAUUUGACAGACAGGAAGGCAGGGUAGGACCCCUUGGUCCCCUCUGUUGACAGUUCUAAGUUGAGGAGGAAGAAGUGGUGCCCCAGAAAUCCUUCAGGAAAUUUUCUUUAGGAAAGAGCCAUCUGGGGUACAUGUACCAGCAUUCCUCAAAGAUGCAAAAACUGCCAUUCCUUUGCCUCCUCUGAGAGGAAGAAAUUAAGCAAACUCAAGAUAAAUAUUUGGGAAGAAGAUGACUGCCAGCAUUGAGAGAAACCCAGUGCUGUUGAUCUUUAAAGGAUAUUGCUCACUGAAACAGAAGAAUGCUUGGCUUUUCACAGCUGUGUGGGAAGUACACAGCCUCUACCACUGAUUAAUCCACUUAUUUGCUUAAGUAGAUCAACACAGUCCUUACCGUGUGCCAGGUACCAGGAUGGGAGCUGGGAACACCCAGAUGAGGAGGAUACACGUGAUGCUUGAGGAGUUCACGCUCUGUAGACAAGCCGUUCAGCUAGAGCAGGGUUCCCCAACAUUAGCACUAGUGACAUUGGGACUGGAUGACUCUGUGGUGAAGGCUGUGCUGUGCAUUGCAGGGUGUUGAGCAGCAUCCCUGGGCCAUACCUACUAGAGGCCGGUAGCAUCCUCUCCUCCAGCUGUGACAAUGAAAAAAUGGCUCCAGAUGUUGCCAAAUGUCUCCCUUGGGGGGAGUGCAGAAUCACCCCUACUUGAGAAUCACUGCCAUAGAUGAUAGAUAAAUGAUAGGCAGAUAGGUGAUGGAAAGGAUAGACAGAUAGGUAAAUGAUAGCUAGAUAGAUGAUAGAUGAGAUAGCUAAAUGAGAUUAGAUAGGUGAUAGAUGAUAGCUAGAUAGCUAGAUGAUUGAUAGAUAGAUAGUUAUACACAGAGUCUCUCAUGCUAGGUCAGGGCUUCUCAACCUCGACACUAUGACAUUUGGGGCUGGAUGACUCUCUCUGGUGGGGUGUUCUGUGCACCGUAGGGUGUUGACCAGCAUCCCCAGCUUCCACCCGCUCCAUACCAGUAUCCCAUUCCACCCUCCUCCCCCUCAAUUUGACAACGGAAAAUGUAUCCAGACAUUGCCACAUGCCCCCUGGAAUGCAGAAUCCUCCCUGGUGGGAAAUCACUGUGCGAGAUCAACAAAUGCAGCAAGGAGUCUUAGAAACAUGUCUGUUUGGACUGCCUGCCUCUGUGUAUGGAUGCAGAAAAUGAAAGCCAGCGUGGUAGAGUAACCUAGGUGUACAGAAACCCUCUGUUAGAUACUCCUCUGUGCAAUUUCUCCUGGGAAAAAAUAGUACAUCAUCUCAUUGACCCAUGGUUCUGGGUUCAUGUAGGUUAAAGACUGACGACAAACGUUUGUGGGUGGACUCAAUGUACAUUCUUGAGGACCUGCCACGUCCUGAUGUAGGCAAGGUAGCAUGACAUGAAGAGGCGUAUGAUGGUCUGUGUAUACUGUCUUCUCAAAGGAUGCAAAACAAGCAUGCAAGUCUGGUUAAUUCAUGGCGGAGAACUUCAGAAGCAUUAAAGUCUUUCAAGGAGUAUUUUUGAGUUCCAGGGGAGUCAAAGUCCACAUCAGACAGAAGGGUAAGGGAUGUUUUUGCGACUGAGAAGGCUUUUUUACUGGGCUGAGAAAGAGGGAUUCCUGGGCAGAAUGAGAUGGAUAGGACGGAAAGACUGCUCCCUUGGCAGCAAAACACUGCAAGGAAAGUUCCAGCCUCAAGCAAGGAGACCUAGGGUCUAGUGACAGCUCAAAAGCAACAGGCAUAUUUGGACUAGAGUCAAAAAAAGAGUUUCCUAGUUGAUUGAAAAUGGUAAGAUAUUGUAGUUGGUUGAAGAGUGUCCUGGAAAAGAGUCUUGUUGACCUGGAGUCUCAGAAUGUGACCUUAUUUGGAAACAGGGUCUUUGCAGAUGUGAUGAAGUGAAGAAUCUGAGGUGAGGUCACCCUGCAUGAGACUGGCCCUGAAUCCAAUGACGGAUGUCCUUAUAAGAGACAAAAGAGGAGAGAUGCAGACACAGAGGAGAAGCCACGUGAAGACGGAGGCAGAGACGGGAGGCAUGCGGCCCUCAGCUAAGGGACGUCUGGAGCCCCAGAAGCGGAAGAGGCAGGAAGGACC